GGUGCGACAAGGGGUAAUGGAAGGAUGAAAUGAAAUGAACGAAAAGGGGGAAACAAGAAAGGAAGCGAGAGAAGCGAAAGAAGCGAAAGAAAUGUGACAAAGUGCAAGGAGGAUGUAUAUAACUAAGGCUGGGCUAUACGGCGUUUGACGAGGUGUAUGAAGUUACCCAACCUACCUACCUACCUAGGUACCUUAGCUACCUAUGUUGAUUUGAUGUCGACUGAAAUAUGCGGCACUAUUGUUACGUUUUUUGUUAUUUUUAUUUUAUUGUAUUCUCUUCACUCUGCUCUGCUCUGCUCUUUGCUCUUGCUUUGUCUUCUUCUUUUCAUGUGUGUAUUUCUUCCUAAAAAAAAGGGGGGGGAGGAAGGUGAAAAGGGGGAAGGGAAAAGGGAAUACAUGCAUUCAUUCGCUACCCGCGCUGAUAGUUGACCAAGGCAGGCAGGCAGGUAGUUUAGAUAGGAACAUGGCUAUCUAUGUCCUGCAUUAUUACGACAAAAGGGACGAUGAGU